GCACACGACGUAACCUCCCCCCUCUCGCCCCCCUGUCCUAGGACAGACGAUCGAUCGAGGACAGGGAAUGCCGAGAGCUCUCCAAGAGACAGCGCCCAGCUGCCCAGCCCUAUCGGCGUCAUCGCCUAGCCCUUAGUCUUUUCGGGAGUGGGGCGGGGGAUGUUGGCACUUGGCAGCCAGAAAAUGAACCAGUCCUGUUUCUUCGGGAGUACGGGGUACUUAAGUGGGAUGUUGCGCUGCUGGACGUACCUGGGAAGGUACGUGCGUGCGUGCGUGUGUUGUGCUGGGUUGUGCUGGGUUGAAGGUCAACGUUGCUGGGUGGAAACCGAAACCGAAACCGACUCCAACUCCGCGGGAUGGAUGAUUGUUAUUGUCGGCCAUCAAUACGGGGAGGUGACUGCAACUGAGUACCAAGAUUAUCUGUGAAAAUAGAGGCCGACGCAAUCAACAACCAUGCCUCUCCGACCACUGCAGCUGGUCCAGGCCAUCGUGGCGCUGUGUCUCAUCAUCUCGCUGCCCAUCCCCUCCACCGCAGCAGCAGCAGCAGUAGCAGCAGCAGCAGCAACCGACCUCCUCAUCCCCCAAACAAUCCACCACCUCCUCCUCUCCAUGCCCAACCACCCCGUCUCCGCCUUCCGUCCCUCCCAGCACACCAUCUCCUGGCAGCAAUCCGGCUGGAAGAUCGAGUACUGGACCGAGGCGGCGUGCGCCGAACUCGCGCGCGCCACCGACCCGGCGUCCGGCCGCUACGCCGCCGCGCUGGCCGCCCUGCCCUCCGCCGUCCUGAAAUCGGACUUCUGUCGCUAUCUGAUCCUGUACGCGCGGGGCGGCGUGUACAAUGAUCUGGACGUGCGGCUGAUGCAGCCGUUACCCUGGGGGGUGAUGUUGGGAGAUGAAUCGGGGGAUCAUCCUGGAGAUGGAGAUGCCCCCGGGACACUAGGGGAGAGUGGUCCCCCCGCCGCCAUCAUCGGGUUAGAAGGCGACGCCGCCACGCGCGGUCUGCCGCGGUCGCCGCAGUUCGUGCAGUGGACGAUGGUCGCGGCGCCGGGCCAUCCGAUCUUCGGGGCCGUCUUGGGGAAGAUUGUCGACCGGACCGAGGAGUAUCUCCGGCGUUUAGGGCAAGAGGAUCGCGCGGGGGUGGGGGUGGAACCGCCGGACGUGAUGGAGUGGACGGGCCCGAGCGUCUGGACGGAUGCCGUGCUCGAGUAUCUCGGCGCCGAUGAGGGCAUGUUGCACACCCUGCGAGAUCUGCAGGAGACGCUGCGCAUCAGGGAUGUGGUGGUGUUGCCCAAGCGCGGGUUCGCCAUCACGCAGGGCGAGGACCAUCGCUCGGCGGGGGUGCUGGUCAAGCAUUAUUUCUCGGGGACGUGGAAGACACGUUGUCGGGCUACACCGCAUGAGAUGCACUUAUCCGAUAAGAUUCAAUAA